UUCACCACACGCAUCUUCGAACCUGUCGACGUCGGUUCGUCGGAAGAUCCGUGCCGCCGCCGCUGUGUGUGUGUCCCCCGUCAGAGUUUUUCAUCGGAUUUUGUCACGGAUUUUGGGAACAAAAAAACGAAGAAGAGGAAACAGUUUGACGUCGUCGCGAUAAUCGUUCACACAGGUCGGAAAAGUGGUGAGUGAAAGAAGAAGAGGAGGAGAAGCAGGAAAAAGUGAGAGACACUCACGAGAGAGAGAGCGAGGAAAAUUCAAGGGAAUAGUGAGUGACAGAUGGAGCGACCGGUCACGGCGAUAGAAUCACACGGGAGCAACGCCAACACCAACAGUUUUCCAAGGAUGGCGGAUUAAGAGUGUUCAGGUCGGAGUGUGGAACACUAGCCAGCAGCAGCAGUGCUAGUAAAAGCUAGCACAGCACACUUGGAUUGUGCACAGGAAGAAGAAGUUAGGGGAAAAAAUCGUCGUCGGAACAGCGACGGAAUUCGGGCUGUGAAGUGUGCAGGUCGUCAGCAGCAGGUAGUGUUGAAGUUGUGAAACCUCCCCGGACCAUGAUGGAUGAAGAAGCCCUCGCAGCCGUCAGCGCCGUCGUCACUUGGAGCCGUCCGUCGUUGGCCGGAGGAGUAGCGUGAGUCUGCCGUGACGACUGCGACGACGACGACCACGACGACGACGACGACAUACCAGAAGACCACGGCCAGUUCCAGCAGCCGCCUCCUGGCACCGGCAGAGCAGGAUCCGCAGAGCACGACGGCAGCGACACCAGAACCAGAACCAGAGGCAGCAGCAUCUCAUUGCAUCGCAGCCGCGCAAAACAAAAUGGCGGGUGGUGAGCAUUCGUUUGGAAGAAAGACAUUUCACAAGCCAACCUAUUGCCACCACUGCUCGGACCUGCUGUGGGGACUCAUCGGACAGGGAUACAUCUGCGAAGUCUGCAACUUUAUAGUGCAUGAAAAGUGUGUGACGAACGUGAUAACACCAUGCCUAGGCGUUGCCCCGUAUCUCAUCCGGAAUCCGGUCGCGCACUGCUGGUCCGAGCCGACGCAACACAAACGGAAGUUCUGCUCGGUCUGCCGGAAACGUCUGGACGAAACACCCGCCGUUCACUGUUUAAUUUGUGAGUACUUUGCCCACGUCGAGUGUCAGGACUUUGCGAUCCCCGACUGCAAGGAGAAUGCCACGUACGUGCCGGGCAAGGAACUGGGUCACGUCAAGCACCAGCACCACUGGCGCGAGGGCAAUCUUCCGCAAUCAUCGAAGUGCGCGUACUGCAAGAAGGCAUGCUGGUCCUACGAAUGCCUUACAGGUUACCGCUGCGAGUGGUGCGGCACGACGACGCACGGCGGCUGCCGGACCAACCUGCCGUCGGAGUGCACGUUCGGGACGCUGCAGCCGAUCUACCUGCCGCCGCACGCCGUCUCCAUCCCGCGAACAGAAGUGCCAAUGGAAGCAAUCAUCGGGGUGCAGAACAAGAACAAGGGAACACCGGGCCUGCCGCGGGACUACUCGUGCCCUCGCAGCAUCUCGGAGGAACUAGCUAGUGAUAACGCACGCUGCAGCGACGACCUGCAGAAGGCGGAGGGCAGUUCUGGCUCUCACUCGUCGUCGAAGCCCGAUUCUGCGCACAAGAGUGACAAAGAUAAAGAUAAGAAAGAUAAGGAAAAGGAGGAACGCGAUGAAGAAACAAUCAAAGUAUUCGACGGCAACUGUUCAUAUCGAAGAAGAAUAUAUAGAGCCAUCACCGUACCUAGAACAUGCUCGUUAGAACAAUUACUGACCACCGCCUUGAGGGCCUUUCAUAUAGCCAGGGAUUCUAAUCUAUUUUUUCUUACUGAUCUUUACGGUGAUGAAGUAAGACUACAGGAUCCGACGCCGGUGCUGAACCUGCACCGGGUGGAGGCGAAACGACCCGCGAUCUACCUGCGGUUUCGUGACCGCGAGAACGACCACGGCUUCGUGCGCGUCUACCCGGGCAAGCUGCAGGUGGAGAACGCGUACGUGAACGUGCCGGUGCACAACGACACCACGGUCAAGGACCUGCUCGGCGAGUCGCUGAAAAAGUUCGGCCUCGAGGGCCACCAGGUCGAGGACUACCGCUGCUCGGAGAUCCUGCUCGACAGGGGGGUCACGGAGCGGGUGCUGUCGUGGAAUGAGCGCCCCUGGGAGAUCAUGAAGCAGCUCGGCAAGGACUCGAUCCGCCAGAUGGAGAUGAUGCGGUUCUACCUGCAGCUCAAGCAGGACCCGCACGGGCCGAACCUGGCGCUGUUUGUCGGGAACCUGCCGCCGGGGCUGUCCCAGCGGAACUACGAACACAUCCUGACUGAAUUCCUAGGUUUCGAGAACAAGUUUAGCAGUAUCGGGCCGAUCUACUACGAGUACGGGUCGCUGGUGAUAACCUACGAAAACGCAUCCAAAGCUGUUCGUGCAUUCCAAGCCCUGCGGGAAUCCAGGUACGAGGACAAGAAUCUACUGGUGCUGCUAUUGCCGAACAUCGAACCGAGCAUGGUCCCGUCCGGGGUCCAGCCGCUGCUGGUGUUCGUCAACGUCAAGUCCGGCGGAUGCCAGGGGGCCGAGCUUAUCAGCAGCUUUCGCAAGCUGCUGAACCCAUAUCAGGUCUUUGAUCUGGAUAACGGUGGACCACUGCCUGGACUGUACGUUUUCAGACACAUUCAGGAUUACAAGAUUUUAGUUUGUGGCGGUGACGGUACGAUCGGAUGGGUGCUGCAGUGUUUGGACAACGUCGGCCAGGAUUCGGAGUGCUCUAGUCCACCGUGUGCGAUUGUUCCGCUGGGAACCGGCAAUGAUCUGGCCCGGGUGUUGCGCUGGGGUGCCGGCUACACUGGCGGCGAGGACCCGCUGAACCUGCUGCGGGACGUGAUCGACGCCGAGGAGAUCCGGCUGGACCGCUGGACGGUGGUGUUCCACCCGGAGGACAAGCCGGAGGACGCCGCCCCGAAACCGUCCACCAACUCAGCGGGUAAGAAGAAGAAAAUACAACAAUCACAACAACAGAAUCAGCAUCACCAUCCGGCGACAACGGCGAUCAGCGCAAGUCAACCGCAAGUCGGCAGCGGUGGCACCCAGAGCGAGGACAACUCGCAGAUCUUCGUGAUGAACAACUACUUCGGCAUCGGCAUCGACGCGGACCUGUGUCUGGACUUUCACAACGCACGGGAGGAGAACCCGAACAAGUUCAACAGCCGGCUGCACAACAAGGGCGUCUACGUGAAGAUGGGCCUGCGCAAGAUGGUCGGCCGCAAGAUGAUCAAGGAGCUGCACAAGGAGCUGCGGCUGGAGGUGGACGGCAAGGUGGUCGAUCUGCCCCCCGUCGAGGGCAUCAUCAUACUGAACAUUCUGAGCUGGGGCUCUGGUGCUAAUCCGUGGGGACCUGAGAAGGAGGACCAGUUCAGCAAACCGAACCACUGGGACGGCAUGCUGGAGGUGGUCGGUGUGACCGGGGUCGUUCACCUCGGCCAGAUCCAGUCCGGUCUGCGGUCCGCGAUGCGAAUAGCUCAGGGUGGCCACAUCAAGAUUCAUCUCCACACGGACAUCCCGGUGCAGGUGGACGGCGAGCCGUGGGUUCAGAGUCCCGGCGACGUGGUGGUGCUCAAGUCUGCGCUGAAGGCGACCAUGUUGAAAAAAAUGAAGGGCAAGAUGAAGCGACGUAACACCGAACCGACCAUGCAGGUGAUGGGGCCAUCAGGGAUACAGAUGACGCUGGCCGCUCCCCAGGAGCCGGAAGAGGUCGACUCGAACAAUACUGAUUUCUGAAUUUGGUAUAACGAGCGAUUAAUUUAACGUGCUUCGUCGUUUGUUGACACUACCACUAGCACCAUGGCUAUCAUAACAGCAAGGGCAACCACAGCCGAGGCCGAACCACUACCACUACCGGGAAGGGAAGAGGAAGAGGAAAAGGAAGUGACAGUAGCGGCAGUAGCAACAGCAACAACAGUAGCGGAAGUAGAGGUAGAAUCCGUGCCUAGCCAGGAAACAAGUGGUGGUGACAAGUGCGAAUAGUUGACGACUGUGUACAGUGUACCUUUACUAAUACUAGCAGAAUCCCGUAGCUUCGUGACACAACGAUCCCGAUCCCACAAUGUCCCACAAACAUUCCCAUCGAAUUCGACGUUUUUUGGAGCAAUUUGUGACGAUCUGAAUGAAACUAGAGUGUCACAUCCCUCGGCUGCUAACGAUAGCUGUCAAACUGACAGCGCCAGCUGUCGCUUUGACAGCGCCCUUCGGUACCGAGGGGCGCGACACUGCACUCAUUCCAUCGUUACACUUGCUUGAAAAAGGUCGAAUGUUUUUGUCCAUCCCAUUCAAAAACAUUGCCCCGCGGUGCUGUCAAAACACACAAACACAUACUAAAAUACCAAAGGUUAAACGUACACUUUCCCCAGUCCACCCCUAAAAUUUGUAAAUGUGGUAGCAGCAGUCUAUUGUGCAUCGUAGGCCAUUCUCUCAUUCACACGUUUCAUACAUCAAUAACACACACACCAGCCACACACAGACCUUGUAAGAAAGAGAAAGCCACAAUCUCACACCCACUCACGUUUAAUGUUAGCGUCGUACCACCAAUUCAAUGAAACCCUGACUGUAGUGUUUAGCACGAAUCGUAUGUGAGAGAAAGAAAGACAGUGAGGAGCAGAACAAUUUGGUUAGGAAAUGUGUGACAGUUGUGACAGCUAAACAAAGCCACCGCCCGAACCAUGAAAAUACCAAUUUGAAACUUUUUCGAGAAAUGGUGACGCCUGCGAAAAUUAUACUGUUGCCUUCCUCGGCGCUAGCGCGAACUGUCAAGCUGACAGAAUGCGUCAGUGAGCGAGGGACGCAACUGUUGUUAAAUUGGGGUUGCCGUUUCUCGUGAAAGUAAACUUUAACCGGACAAAAACCAGUCAUCAAACUCUUACCGAAAGUCUUUAGCCAAACACACAAGAAAACAUUUAACAAACAAAAGAAAAAAAAAACUCCGUGGGAACAAUAGAUUUUUGCCAAACAAAGUUCUAUCUAGAGAGUGAAGUCCAAAGAAAACCAGACAGGAACUGGAACGUAAACAAAACGCAACUUUCAUCAUGUCACAAGUCAAACACACAAAGCAAAUCAAGCAAACGCGCAAGGAACGUUAAAUUAAUGGCUCUUAAUUUACACCGAAGCAGAAGGAGGCUCAAGAAGAAGAAACUAGGAGGAGAACAAAACAAACAUUAAAGGAAAAUCACCCACACACACACACAGGAAAAAUAUUCAUUAUCACAAACAAAGAACAAACAAAAAAGUAUUCUAGUCAAAGCAAGAGAAGAAAAAAACAAGAUAUACUUAUUAGGAAGUUUUGCAUUUCUAACGUAAAAGGAGAACAAUGAGCAAAAAUCGUAAGUAGGAGAGAGCAAAUUGCUAAAAAAAACCAAACCAAAACAAAGCAGAUAAACAAAAAAAAAAAAACAAACAUAUUUUUGAACCUUGUUAUGCAUACUAUUUGUUAUUCAGAGACUGUCUGACUGGCGCGCUAGAGCGCGCACGGUUUGUUAUAAUGAUUUUUCGAUUUUGGGUUUCGUUCCUUCUCAAAACGUAUCGAGCUAUAUUAUUGUAAUACUAUCAGAUCGAACAUUCAUACAACAAACACACAAACUUUUGUCAUAGUGCGAUAAAUCAACACAAAGAAAAAAUAUGAGGGUAAACUGUUUUUUAGAUCAAACUGAUUUAUGCAUAAAGAAAAAAAAAACACACACACACACAAAUGAAAUAAAAUGUCUAUCAAAAAGUAAGACAGAAGGGUUUAAAAAGAGAAAUACAAAGAAACAAAUUCUUCUUGAGAGUAAACCAAACAAAAAAAAAGUAUUUAUACGGAAAGUUGUUGACUAUAUUUACUAUGAAUUUUAUUUCUAUUCUUUUUCUAUACAAAGUGCGUGGAGAUCGCAGCAAAACAAAGAAGAAAAAACAAACCACGUUAUAUUAAAAAAAAAAGAAAAAUACGCUUCAAAACACGUGGUGUGAAGCCGGAGAGUACACGAGAGAAAGAGAGAGAGAGCGAAAAGUCAUAGAGAAGAGGGCAUAUAUUUUGAACAGAUUUCAAAGUUGAGCGGAAGCGAACCGGAUUUGACACAAACGAAAAAUGAAAGAAAUGGUUCCGGUCACUGCGGAAAAACGGUUAUUUUUUUUUUCUUUUAAGUUUAAUCAAGUGUACGAUUGUAAGAGUAAGCGCGAGAAAGCAGCAGGACACUGCAGAGUGUAGUGGAGGAGAGGGAAGGAGAAGAAGAAACCAAAACAUUACGUACAGUAAGCAAGUGAACACACAAACAUACACAAACACACAAUUAUAGCCGUAAAUUGUAAUUUAAACAAUUACGUUUUGUAUGGUAUUUUACCAAAACUACAUAAAGAAAACAAAACUAUUAAACGCUAGCAAACAAAAAAAAAAUCUCCCAGACUUUGUCACCGAAACAAGGGAAAAACACUUGCCAAAAACAAACCAAAACAAAAAACAAUCCCGAACUUGACAUCAUCAUGACAUCAAACGCAUCCACCAACUGUAAACACAAACUCACACAUUCAAAAGUCUAACCAACGAAUGGCAGAACCAAUGUCACGAGUUUUCUUCCACCCAAAAAGCAAACAAACAAAAACAUCAAACACAUACAGCCAAUAAACCAUAAACAAAAAAAAAACAAACACCCGAUCUGUCAAAGUGAGCUGUUUGCGCAAAAUGGCGCCGCCAAACUUGAGGCGGCCAUUUUGACGCGCCACGCAGCCCCCAGAAUAAUCGGUUCUUGGGAAUGUUUAGUCAACGCACGGAUUCGGAGCUGGGGGAGACGCUUUCCCCGCUGCGAAUGGAAGUUACACGCACACAAUUGAGACGACGGAUGUUCUCGCAGAACGUUCCGGAAAUGAAUCCGCGGGCACAGAAAAUUACCACCAAUCGAAAAAAACAAAACUCAAAGAGAAGCGGGUGCGUUUUCUAGAAUAUUCUCAGCGUUAUUCUACCCAGCCGUGCACACUUACACGCAAAUCACCCUCCCGAACGGUGGACGCGGGCGCGAACCUUUGGAAAUAAAGGUCAACCGUGGACGCUCCAGGAAGUGUCACAUGGCGCCCAGGGCGACUCGGGAACGAACGCCGUGUGUAGCUUCCGCCUGUGCCGCGGCUCGCACCGGGUCCGCCGUUCCGCUUUGGUUCGUAGAAGUUGAGAUUCUGAGUUCCGAGGACACCAGAUUGAGUUCCGCCACCUCCCCCCUCUCGGAAAGGGCGCCGUGUUGUCUCGCUCCGGCCCGGAAUGGAGAGAUCGCGAACGCGGCGGACCGAUCCAAAACCAAGCAGACGUUUCGUUACUCGCGAUCCAGAAACCUGUAGGGGCUCAGUGUUACUAGCUUUGUAAUUCCGGCCGCACGUGGCGAGUUCUGCGCGACGGCCGCAGCUGUCAAGUGGCGCCACCGUCGGCUUGGGGGCCGAUCCCCGGGUGGACGGUGGCGCUGCGUGAGGGAUGCAAUUGCCGGAACUUGACCACAUCUACUGCAGACCUAGUACCACAUACACUUUUCUGGAUAGUGACAACGGCGUUUGUAAACACGCAGGUUUUAUAGUCUUAAAACGGUUCUUUGUGGAACGCCUUUUUCGUUGUAUUAGUUGUAUAGACGACUCUGUUUCGGUAUCCUAAGUUAGUGUAGGUGCACAUUCGGCUAACCAACCAAACAAACCAAUUCGAUUACGCCCUUCGUUCAUGUUACACAACCCAAACUACAGAACAAAAAUAAUGUGAAAAAGCAGCACACAAAUACACGUACUAUAAUAGUAAUAAUAGUGGUAACUAUUAUUAUGGUGUAAUUAAAAGGAAAAAUAAAAAAAUGACCAUAAUAUAUUACAGUAUAUCUUUUAAAAGAAUAAAUUUAAAUAAAAAUCUCAAAAUAGAGUUGAUGUAGUGUCGAACGCAUAUAAAUAUAACAGAUAUAAUUAAAAAUUUAAUUAAAACCGUAUUUUUUCGUAUGAAUAAUUAAAGAAAACAAAAGAAAAAAAAAACAUUAGAAACUCUUCUAAACGGUGUCGUGCUAAGAGAUACUAAUACAUACCAAACUUAGAACCACAGACUAAUGGAAACAAAAGAGAGAGAGAGCAAAAAAUAAACACAAACAAAACACGACGUACGCGCACACACAUCGAAGAUGUCGUUCCCCUGGGCGGACUCUGUCAAGCGCCUCCUUGGAUAGCAGUCCGCGCAAGUCCAGGGGAGACUGACAGCAGCGCGCUCCUCCUCCCUCGCGAAACCCCGCGCCGUCGCCGCCUCCACCACUGACAUUUCCACCAACGCAAGCGUGUAUAUUUCUACCCAACAAAACACACAUAAAACGUCACCACAAACUCUUUCAUUGUCAAAGCGGUGCGAAUGUCGUCAAAAUGGCGGCGGCGACGGCGCCGGGCUUUGCCCAGCAGGGGACCAAGGGGCUGUGUUCACUCUGGUGAGUACCAAAUCCAACCGGAUUGGAUGUGGACGCCGGUUCUAGUACUCCCGCGUUAUAAGCUAGUAUAACAAAAACAAACGAAAAGGGCGGUGCCACGUGGCUCCGCCCUCGUACAGUCCCACCCCCCAAAAAAGGCGGACGCCAGGUAUUCAAACCUUGGUUUAGACGUCUAGAGAAUCAAACCAAACGCAGCGUAACACUAUCUAGAAUCACCAAUUUUCACACAAAAACACACUCACACACUCUACACAAAACUAAAAACAAUCGAAACAAAAAAAAAACAAUGCUUAGUGCAAGCAAACAAAACCAAAACAAACAGCAAACGUCACAACGGGACUCGGUAUGACAAGGCUUGCAGCGUUCGUUUAGCGGCCUAGUUGCCGGAAUCUGUCGCGCGCAGUUGGGCCAUCCCGCUGAAAGGGAUGGUCACGCCAACAACUAAACAAAGAACGAACAAACAAACAACACAACCGAUAGGGACAAAACAGUCGGUAAUAGUAGAGUUGGAGGAGAAGAAAAAAAUCAAAAUGUAAACAAAACAGUAUAGAACAAACAAACAACCUAACCAAAACAAGGAACGCAAAAAGAGGGUAUUUAUGAUCAAUCAAAGAAAAGAAGAGGAAGAAGCGUGCGAAGGGGCGAGAGCGAGAGAGAAAAAGAAUGAAAUGCAACGCUCUCAUUAAAGUACCCAGAACAAAAAAAAA